UCUGCUCCCUGCCUCAGCCUGAUGCCUCUCAAAGACCCUGAGGGGUGCAACCCAGAGCUGGGCCAGUGGUUUCCCUGGCUCCUAGCAUUUGCCCACCCAGCCUCCGCCUCCCCCGCCCCUCUCCCGCUCCCGUUGAAGGCCAUGGUUCCCGGGCUGCCAUGAGACCUGCUCUUUGCAGGGCUGAAGUCCAAAGUUCAGUCCCUUGCUAAGCACACGGAUAAAUAUGAACCUUGGAGAAUUUCCCCAGCUCCAAUGUAAAUAGAGCAGGCAGGGGCCCUGAUUCACUGGCCUCUGGGGCCAGGGUUGGGGGUUAGGGGUGCCCAAGGGCUUGGCUAGUGGGCUUUGGGGGGGCAGUGGGUGCAAGGAGCCUGGUUUGUGACUGCCAGCCGGCCGGGAAGUAGACAGCCUGCGCGGUGGGUGGGGGAGGCGGCCAGCUUGGUGGCCCCGGGCCUCGUGGCGCAGCGGUGGCCGAGCCAUGGUUUCUAAACUGAGCCAGCUGCAGACAGAGCUCCUGGCUGCCCUGCUGGAAUCGGGCCUGAGCAAAGAGGCGCUGAUCCAGGCCUUGGGCGAGCCGGGACCCUACCUGAUGGCUGGAGACGGCCCCCUGGACAAGGGCGAGAGCUGCGGCGGGACUCGAGGGGAGCUGGCUGAGCUGCCCAAUGGGCUGGGGGAGACGCGGGGCUCCGAGGACGAGACGGAUGACGAUGGGGAAGACUUCACGCCACCCAUCCUCAAGGAACUGGAGAAUCUCAGCCCCGAGGAGGCGGCCCACCAGAAAGCCGUGGUGGAGACCCUGCUGCAGGAAGACCCAUGGCGCGUGGCAAAGAUGGUCAAGUCCUACCUGCAGCAGCACAACAUUCCGCAGCGGGAGGUGGUCGACACCACCGGCCUCAACCAGUCCCACCUGUCCCAGCACCUCAACAAGGGGACGCCCAUGAAGACGCAGAAGCGCGCCGCGCUGUACACCUGGUACGUCCGCAAGCAGCGAGAGGUGGCGCAGCAGUUCACCCAUGCAGGGCAGGGUGGGCUGAUCGAAGAGCCCACUGGUGAUGAGCUGCCUACCAAGAAGGGGCGGAGAAACCGUUUCAAGUGGGGCCCAGCCUCCCAGCAGAUCCUGUUCCAGGCCUACGAGAGGCAGAAGAACCCCAGCAAGGAGGAGCGAGAGACCUUAGUGGAGGAGUGCAAUCGGGCAGAGUGCAUCCAGAGAGGGGUGUCACCAUCACAGGCACAGGGGCUGGGCUCCAACCUCGUCACCGAGGUUCGUGUCUACAACUGGUUUGCCAACCGGCGCAAGGAAGAAGCUUUUCGGCACAAGCUAGCCAUGGACACAUACAGCGGGCCCCCACCGGGGCCAGGCCCAGGGCCCGCACUGCCGGCCCACAGCUCCCCUGGCCUGCCACCAUCUGCUCUUUCCCCCAGUAAGGUCCACGGCGUGCGCUAUGGACAGCCUGCGGCCAGUGAGGCGGCAGAGGUGCCCUCGAGCAGUGGUGGCCCCUUAGUGACAGUGUCUACACCCCUACACCAAGUGUCCCCCACAGGCCUGGAGCCCAGCCACAGCCUGCUGAGCACUGAAGCCAAGCUGGUCUCAGCAACUGGGGGGCCCCUGCCCCCCGUCAGCACCCUGACAGCUCUGCAUAGCUUGGAACAGACAUCCCCAGGCCUCAACCAGCAGCCCCAGAACCUCAUCAUGGCCUCACUGCCCGGUGUCAUGACUAUUGGGCCUGGUGAGCCUGCCUCUCUGGGCCCCACGUUCAGCAACACAGGUGCCUCCACCCUGGUUAUUGGCCUGGCCUCCACUCAGGCCCAGAGUGUGCCUGUCAUCAACAGCAUGGGCAGCAGCCUGACUACCCUGCAGCCGGUCCAGUUCUCCCAGCCGCUGCACCCUUCUUACCAGCAGCCUCUCAUGCCACCCGUGCAGAGCCACGUAGCCCAGAACCCCUUCAUGGCGACCAUGGCUCAGCUGCAGAGCCCCCACGCAGCCCUCUAUAGCCACAAGCCUGAGGUGGCCCAGUACGCGCACACCGGGCUGCUUCAGCAGACCAUGCUCAUCACCGACACCACCAACCUGAGCGCCCUCGCCAGCCUCACACCCACCAAGCAGGUCUUCACCUCAGACACGGAGGCCUCCAGUGAGUCGGGGCUUCAUGCACCAGUGUCCCCAGCCACCACGAUCCACAUCCCCAGCCAGGACCCUGGUGGCAUCCAGCAUCUGCAGCCUGCCCACCGGCUCAGCACUAGCCCCACAGAUGAGAAAGUGGACACUCAAGGAGGUGACGGACGUGUCUCAUCUCCCACAGCUACUGGGUGGCAGAGCCAGGACUUGAACCCAGUGUCCUCCAGCAGCCUGGUGUUGUACCAGAGCUCCGACUCCACCAACGGCCACAGCCACCUGCUGCCAUCCAGCCACAGUGUCAUCGAGACCUUCAUCUCCACACAGAUGGCUUCCUCCUCCCAGUAACUAUGGCAACUGCCUCCCGGGUGCUGGACCUUGCACUGCCUGCUUGGGGAGUGAGGACAGCAGCUGCCAUGGAUGCCUGGGGCUACAUGGGCCUCCACUGCCCUCCCUGGAAAUCUGUGUCUUGGUCCCCACCUUGCUCUGCCAGCAUCAAAAGGGGACAGAUGAGGUGUCUCAACCUGAGGAGGGCUGUGAGUUGCACAGGAAGGGACGAUGGCAAGCUGGGCAGCAGAGCUGCAGGGACUCUGCAGGGACUCUUCCGGUUGCUUAGGACAAAAAACUUGUUACUUGGAACCAGAGGGGACAGCUUUUGACCCUGGCACCACCAGCCUGGGCCUGUGGGGAGCCCUCGGGCCAAGUGAACCCCUGGUGGUCAUAGCUCUCAGGACCCAAGCCUGGGUAGCUGUGACUCACUGAGCUCCAAGAGGCCCUGGAUCAACGUGGUCAUGCUGUCACUGAUGGACCCACCGGGCCACUCCACCCUGCCCCAGCUCCUUCCAGCUGGUGAUCCCAUGCCUGUGUGUCCUUCUGCACCACCUCCUGCUGUUCACUUCCCCAGUGACUGCUCUGUGCCAGGGCCUGGGGCUCCGAUGCCCACACCUGGGAGGGCUCAAGCUAACUGGGCAGACAAGUGGGGUACCCAGCCUCCCUCAUCCUGAGCCAUCCCUCCCCAGCCCGCUGAACAUUUUGUUCCCCCAUCAUCAUGCCUUCUGAUGCCAGCCUGGUAUCUUGCCUCUGCUUGUAAGACCACUUCAGGGCUAAGAAGUUGUCCUUGCUCUCGUGGGUGCCCUAUUUGUGCCAAGUCCAGGUCUCACUGCAGCAGCUUCUGGAGACUCGGGGACCUAUGAAACCUUCCCUUGUUUGGGAGGGAUGCUGCUGAGCUCAGUGGGAAGCAAGAGCCCAAGCAAUGGGCAGAGCUAUGUCUGGAGGCAGAGGGUGGCAAAUCAGCAGACAGAAGCUACCUGUGUGGCCGGGACAAUGCUUGGGAGCCCCAGGCAACUGGCAGCCACCCUGAGGAGUCUGAGGUCCGAAGGGACAAGGCAGCCAUGAGAACCCAGGGCACAUGUGGCCUCAUCUCCUUGGGCCCACUGCAGAGAAUCUGACCCUCCGUGGGCUGCCUGCAGCUGGGACUGAGGAAGGGGUGCAGGGAGAGCUGUACCCUCGGCAGCUUGUAGCCAGUUACGAGUGAGGCUGGACAUUUAUUUAACUUUUAGUAAAGUCAAUGAGAAACGUA